ACAGAAAUAAAUCAGAAAAAAAUAAAUAGAAAAAUCAAUCACAUUAACCAUAAAACAUAAACGCGCUCCAGUCCCCUAUAAGCGCGGAGUCCGAUAGCCCUUCAUCUGAAUAUUCAGAUUCAGAAAUGGCAUCUAUAUGGGCAGAUAAUAAAACCCCGCCAAUUAAAGAAAACCACAGUCAGAACCAUGCAGAGCCAACUCAGCCUGGCCCGUGAUAGGCCCUUCUGGCAAUCGCAGCCUUACAGUGGCUGCAGAUGUACAAUGCUCCCAAGGUGGAACUAAAUCUGUGAGGCAAGGUGCACAGAAACUUGCAUUAUCUGCAAGAGUCUCUUCUGAACCGCCUAACCCAGAUGAGAUAGCGGAUAAUGACUUCACUGUCAUUACCUCCAAAAUGAGACAAAGUAAAACAAAAGUAAAUCCAACCAUAUCAGAAACCGCCAUUAAUACAUCCUCUCCCACUCCUGACAGUCGUGUUUCUGGUAGCUGUGAGAACAAGAGCCAAUUCCUACCCGCUUCCAGACAGAAAAUUCUGCCUGUCAUCAUCCACCACCACUUCCAAGGUGACAUGAUCUAACUAAACAAAGAUUUUCAUUUCAAAUUCCAGCCUAUAGAAUAAAAGCUGGCAUAGCAUGUCAGACUUCAAUGUAUCAAGAUUAUCUCAACUUGCAAAGCUUCUUAAAAGAAAAUAAAAGUUCCAUUUAAUCUCAUUAAGCACAACGAUUCCAAGCCCUACAGGGUGGUUAUCAAAGGCAUCCCUCCUAAAGCCAUUCAGGAAGAACUACUUGUCUUUGGGCUGGCAGUUCAAAAUGUCAUCCCAAUGACUGCGUGGAGAGAGAACAACUCUGCCCAUGCACAUAAUCGAGCUAGACAACGUUCCAGAUUUUGCAGCUGUCCCACCUGUUAUAUCAGAAUCAAUGUGGAAGCACCAUGCCGCCUCCAUGUGCACAAUGUGAGCAAUUCUUUCAUGUGGCAGCAAACUGUCAAGCCCCUCCACCUUUUGCAAACUGUGCAGAGGAACACUGCUCAUGGCAACAUGAAAAAUGUUUUGAACCGAACUUCAUGCACUCUGUGAAAAACCUGAGAUCACAGCUCAAAGUACAGAGGUUGCCCCUAUUUUCCAUAACCUCAUGAGAAAGGAGAUGAGAAAUAAACUUCAGCUUGAAAAGUUAAAUACUAAACCGAAAAAUCGCCAGCCUUCUAAUACGGGCAGAGUGCGAAACUUAUUUCAGUCUACCCAACCGGAAAAUCCUCCCUCCAAAAUCCUCCACGACUAUUCACCUGAGUCCCGGAAAUGCUUGGAGCAGGCCUCUGAAUUUUGCCACUACACAAUUUUCAUGUUUGAGCAAACUGCAAGCAACAUCCCAUUUGUUUGUGGUGUGGGGGCAGCCACCUACACAAGGAGAGUCCUGAAAAAGGAAAUACAUCUUCCACACCAGGAUGCUGCAACUGCCAGUUGGUGAAAGGAGAGAAAGCCCAUCCUGCCAAUUAUCGAGGCUGCAGAUACGCAAAGGAGAAAAUGCAGAAAAGGAAGUCAGAGAACACUCAAGACUGCAAUGUGAAGGGUGUUCUCAAACUUCGCCACCCCAGGUGUGUCUUUCACAGCAGUGCUCCAAGGCAGUACAGGGCAACAGCAGCGGCCACAGACAGGUGGCAGUGGCAGAUCCAUCCACGAUGGAACCAAGGAUCCCUGCACCGUUACACCAACACAAACAGCAAGCAACAGGUCAGGAACAUGUUCACAGCUGUCAGUGCAGUGUUCAUUGUUGAGAAAAUGUUGACUCUGCAAGAGAGCACACAAACAGGGGCGUGGUUUUGUGAAACAAAAUUGGUGACACAAACGCAGAGGAACUUCAGAACACAUUACCAGAAAGAUCUUCCUUCUAGAAACAGUAUCAUAGACUGGAAAAAGAAAUUUUUAGAAACAGGAAGUGUCCUCAGUAAGAAGAGUUCCGGACGUCCCAGCACAAGCAAUGAUGAUGCUGAGCGUGUCCAAAAAGCAUUUGCACGCAGUCCCAGGAAAUCUUUGAGAACAGCAGCAAGAGAAUUGAAUAUGCCACUUUCAACAGUACACUAGGUUCUACGGAAGAAAUUACGGCUGCAUGCUUAUAAGAUGCAACUUGUACAAGCUAUUAAACCACAUGAUAAGCCUAAGAGAAUGGAUUUUGCAACAGAUAUGUUAUGAAGAAUAGAAGAUGUUGAAAGAUUUCUUACAACUAUAUUGUUCUCUGAUGAAGCUUGCUUCCACACUUCUGGAACAGUCAAUCGCCAUAACAUAUGCAUUUGGGGAUCAGAGAACCCUCAUGAAUACCUUGAAAUGGCAAGAGACUCCCCAAAAGUGAAUGUGUGGUGUGCUCUUAUGCAUGAUCGAGUCAUUGGGCCUUUCUUUUUCGCGGAAAAGACAGUCACAUCAGUCAUUUACCUAGACAUAUUGAAGAAUUUUGUAAGCGCUUCAGCCCGAAAUCAUUUUCCAACAAGACGGUGCGCCACCUCAUUGGAGCACCAUAGUUUGUGAUGCUUUGGACAAACAUUUUCCAGGAAGAUGGAUUGGACGAAGUGGUCCAAUUUCUUGGCCCCCAAGAUCACCUGACAUAACUCCACUGGACUUUUUUCUCUGGGGAUAUGUCAAAGACACUAUUUAUAAGUUUCAGGCGAGAGACAUCGAUCAAUUAAAAACCAGAGUAAAAGACGCAAUAACCACUGUGGAUGUCAGUAUGCUUGCCCGAACCUGGCAGGAAAUCGAAUAUUGUCUUGAUAUUUUACGUGCAACAAAUGGAGCACAUGUACAACUUUAUUAACAAUAAACACAAAAUGUUUUGAGUUUCUCAAUCCAACAAUGUAACCAGUUUAUUUCUAUCUUUGUUAUUUUCCAAAUUAUUAAGAUCAAAAUGUGUCAGACCUUUUGUAGAUACCCUGUAUUUAACAGUGCAUAUUCCACAUAUCCAAACCAUAAUUAAGAAAUUUGUGUUACGCACGAACACUGCUUUGGUAGUGAGCAAUACAUUAUCAGUUUCCUUUAUCUUUCCAUUUCACUGAUGAUUCAGUAAGAGUAUAAUAGUCUACACAUAUUUUGUCAACAGUUGAGCUUAAUUCUUUUAC